CACAACGCGAAAAAAUUUUCUUUCCCGUGUAAUAAACAUUUGCAGUAGAAAUGGCAACUUCGAAGCCGUCUAAAGAUUCAUUUUCGAACGAAACCACGCGUAUAUGUCGAAACUGUUUGUCGACUGAUGGAACUUUCCAGCCGGUAACUAGCGAUGAAAGAGGCGAAUAUCUUUCACAACAAGUAUUUUCCUGUACAAAUGUUCAGUUGGAGCUAUUGCCAGGAUUUACAACGUAUUUGUGUUCGGCCUGCAAAUCGUGGUUGGAUUUGAUAGAUAAGCGGCGCUCGAUAUACAUUCUAAACAGUGCAAAACUCGACCGGGUUAUGAAAGAAGUGGACACCACCCAUUUGACCGGUUCCGAAACAACUGCAGAGCGUUCUGACGGUGACAUAGAGCAAACGAAUGACGUUAAAUCGGUGGUCAAAACAGAGGCUGCCUCAGAAGAUUCGGAAGAAGAUUAUCAAUUAAGUCAGACGGUUUCUAAUUCACAACAGAUGAGUAGUGCGCACGAUUAUAAUCUUCUUAAUGACUUGUUUGAAGCAGAGGAAGAAUCGCUUCAAACAAUUUUGAAACGUGAACCAAUAGACGACCAGCAGCAGCCUCAGUCACCGCAAGCAAAUUUGAUUCAAGAAGACGUUUCUAUGAUAGGGAAAGCCACCACAGGUCCUGACGAUCCAGCAUCAAUUUCAGAUCACAACAAUUUGGGUAUCAAGUAUGCCACCGAAGGCCCUACAUUGAAUCAAAUGGAUACUUACGGUGAACAAAAAUCGGGACACACUGGUAAUCAACCUGUCUCCGUAAUCGGCGAGCAGCGACUGUUGAGGUCAAAUAAGCGACGUACUUCCCAAAAGGAUAUCGCCGCUGCAGAGUUCUCAGUGGCUACAAUGCAGAGCCCAAAAGUUACUCGUAAUGUGCAUAAAAACAAGCAAAAACACCAGUGCCCCCAUUGCUCCGUCACGUAUCCAAACACAUCCAAGUUGAAGAUUCACAUCCGCACUCACAACCGCAAAAAGCCGUUCAUCUGUAAAGUCUGCAGCAAAGCAUUCCAUACGGCAAACAUCCUGCGUUACCACAUCCAAAUUCACAAGGACCAACAUAAAUGUCCUCAUUGUCCUCGCAAAUUCCCACUACAAUACCAGCUUAAGAAUCACAUUCGGACCCAUACCGACGAAAAGCCGUUCACCUGUAAAGUCUGCAGCAAAGCAUUCCAUUCGGCAAAAAGCCUGUGCGGCCACAUGAAAAUUCAUAAGCCUCCUGCACCAACAGGUGAAAAUUCAUAACAAGAACCAAUAUCAAUGUCCUCAUAUCUG